AAAAAUUGAGGGGAAAUUUUCAUAGACUCGUGUAUAUAACAUGCCAUCAAAUACAUGGUUAGGAAUCCAACUAUCUGCUAACUUUGAAACUUGUUGGAUGAGAAUUUCUGGGAGCAGGAACACCAACACGUGUCUGUUUGAACAGCUAGUUUCCAUUGACAGUGCCAGUGCUAUUGUUGUUUCUCUUUCCAUCCACUGCCAUGAGCAAUUCAACAAAGUGACGGUGGUGACAUCAAAACCAACACAAAGCGAAGAAAGAAAAUGGGAAGAAUCUUUGCGGUGGAGCUUGAGGGCAGGUCUUAUAGAUGCAAGUUCUGCAGAACUCACUUGGCCCUUGCAAAUGAUCUCAUCUCCAGGCGUGAACUUCACAAUUGGAACACCAGAAGAAAGGAUGAUGCUUUCAGGAUUGCAUACUGUGGCUGAUAUUUUUUGCUGUUGCUGCGGUGAAAUAAUUGGCUGGAAAUAUGAAUCUGCGCACGAGAAGUGUCAAAAGUAUAAAGAAGGGAAGUUUGUUCUUGAAAGAGGAAGGAUUGUUGAUGAAGUUGAUUUCUCCACUGAGUUCUACAUCGAUAGUCAUGCCAGCAUGAGUGAUGCUGAAGAACCUUAAAACAUGCCGGCAUUGUUGGAUCAGGAGAAAGAAUGCACUGCUUCUGUAUAUGAACAAUAAUAAUGGUGACCCGUGAAAAUGCUCAAAAUUAAUGAAGUUUAUUUUGGUUUUGGUUUUAUUAUUUAUAAGUGGUGUAUGGAAAUGAGAGUUGCCAGUAGUGUGUAAACUAUGGGGAAAGAAAGAGAUGGAACGGUAGUUUCAGAUUUGCUUCGAAAUAUUUGGAAAGAACUUGGCUAUUUACUUUGUGUUUAUAUAGAACAUCUUCAACGCUGGAGGCAGCAAGCAUAUGUUUGAACGCUUAGAAGUUAAAA